CGCAGUCCCUGUACCACCUUGUCAUUCAGUCUCAGACACACGGCAGCGCUACCUGCGAGAGAUCGGCCGGCAAGGUUGUGGGAGGAAGGAAGGAUGCCUCGCGCGGGGUUCUCGGCGGGGUCGCCCAAGGUGGAGUUCGCCAUCGACAUGGGGAACCCGCUCCUCAACCGCACCGUCGACGGCUUCCUCAAGAUCGGCGCCGUUGGCGCCUGCAAGGUGGCCGCCGAGGACGCCUUCGAGUGCCUCCACAAGGGUAGUGUUUCUAAGAACAAGCUUGAGCAGACACUGAAGAACAUGUGCAAGGAGGGUGUAUACUGGGGUGCUGUUGCUGGAUUGUAUGUAGGCGUGGAGUAUGGAGUGGAAAAGAUCCGUGGUCGCUAUGACUGGAAAAAUGCUUUGAUUGGAGGAGUUGUAAGUGGCGCAAUCAUUUCCGCUGCUGGCAACAGCAAGGCUGACAAGAUCGCCAAGGAUGCCAUUACCGCAGGCGCCAUCGCGACCGCCGUUGAGUUCAUAAACUACCUCACCUAGCUAUGUAACCGUAUACAUGGCAGUGCUAUAUUCGGAUCAGAACAAGAAUAAGAACUUCUUGAUUGAAGCCAUCAUCCAUAAUGGUUUAAUAAAUUCAGAUUUUUCUUCUA